CAUACUCCGAGUUUGCCGGAAAAAUCCGAGAGGUCGUUGCGAUAUCGCAAAUCACGUGAUUUUGUGACGUCACAUGUCUAUCUAGAGAAGAAGACGAGACAAUGACAACAGCGUGGCAGCAAAAUCAGCCCAACCAGGCAGCUCAAGCAGCAUUAUGGUCACAACAGUAUGACCAAUCUAAUUCAACUGGUAAUGAAAAUCCACAUUGGGCACAGGCAAGAAAAGCUUUGGAGAAGGCACAGGAAGAAAGCAACAAGAAAAACCCCAGCCAAGAAAGUGCAGUGCAGAACAACACCAACCUUAAUGGGUUUUCUAACAAUCCUAAUGCUUCAUACUAUUACCAGCAAGUCUCUUUCUUUCAAAAUAGAAUGAACAAUAUGGGAGGGCCAAUGGGUGGAAUGGGACCAAUGGGGCCCAGGUACCCACCGUACAGACAACAGCCGCCGAUGACAAACCAGAUGAUGUAUGGAACCCCGCCAAUGCCGCCACCACUUCCAGGACGGGACCCACCAGGAUCGGACAGUAGUGGACCCAGAUAUGUGGGAAGCCCACAGGAAGCUAGCCCUUCCCGUCCUGAAUUUAGACCACGACCAUUCGGCAAUUUUCAACAUAGACAGAGAAAUCCCCCAGGUGCAAAUGGAAUUAGGUUCCAGCUUCCCAACAAAGGAUUAAAGCCAGCUCAGCCAUUCACUGGACAGAAAAGAUUUCAGUCACCAUAUUCUCAGAAGAUGAAAACAGACAUUGAGAAUCUAAAACAGAACACUGGGUCGCAGAAGGUUCCACUGUCAGCUGCCAAUCAGACUUCUGAUAAGAGCAAUGAAAAGAACCUAUCAGGUGCUGAACCAACUGUGCAGGAAUGGCCAGAAGACUUGAAAUGUCAGCUAUUAAAUGAAACUGAUGGACAAGUUGUGUGUUUUAGUAGCGACAGCAAUUCUUCAACAAGUUCAAGAAGUACCUCCUUUUCGGGAAGUUCUAGAGGCACUGUAGACACUCCCAGAGGAAGAGGGAAAAACCAGAGGGGUAGAGGCAAGGGCAGGGGUGCCAAGAAAGAAGGCCGAGGAAGGACCCCCAACAACAGACAACAGAAAAAUGCAAAAAAUAUCAAGAAACGUGGCAAAAACUUUUUUGUGCCUGAAGACGAUGACGAUGAUCCAGAGAAAGCAGCUAGGCUUCUGAAGAGAGCAGCCCGGUUCGGUCAUCAUCUUGGGAAUGAUGCGAAAAAGAGGAAGGCAGAGCUAACUCUAAACAUCAAUAACUUCAAUAACUCUGAUGAAGAGGACCUAGAUCUCACCAGCUUCAACACCGUGGGAACAUGCGAGGAUUUGGAGAAACCAUAUCUAAGACUUACUAAGGCACCUGAGGCGUGGCAGGUGAGACCACCAGCUGUCCUGAGGAAGUCCCUGGCCAUGGUGCAGGAGCGCUGGAAAACCAAGGGAGACUACCACUAUGCUUGUGAGCAGAUGAAGUCCAUUAGACAGGACCUAACAGUUCAGGGGAUCCGAGAUGAAUUCACAGUACGAGUGUAUGAAACGCAUGCCAGAAUUGCCAUGGAGAAGGGAGACCAUGAAGAAUUUAACCAGUGCCAAACUCAGCUGAAGCUUCUGUACAAUGAAGGGAUAGAAGGAAACCAAGUGGAGUUCACAGCCUACCGAAUUCUGUAUUAUAUAUUCACCUCCAAUACCCUGGACAUGACCACAGCUUUGGCUUCGUUGACCCCUGAACACAGGAGUGACCCCUGUGUAAAACAUGCCUUAACAGUCAGAUCGGCUUGGGCAUUAAAUAAUUAUCACAAGUUCUUUAUUUUGUAUCAAAGUUCUCCUAAAAUGUCGGGCUACCUCUUAGACUGGUUUGUAGAAAGAGCGAGAAAAAUGGCGAUCAAGAGUAUCGCCAAAACAUUUCGACCAAUGGUAGGAGUAUCUUUUGUCCAGGCUGAGUUAGGGUUCUCGGAUUUGGAAGAGUGCCUGCAGUUUCUUAAAGAGAAGGGUGCGGUGUUAAAUGCUGAUAGUACCAAGUUGGACUGUAAAUUAAGUACCACCGCUUUUCAAGCAGUCUGAGACCUGUGUUGUUAGAUAAGCAAGUCCUUAUUCAAGAUGGGUCCUCGUGAGUCUCAGCAAGCCCCAGCCUAGCCACAGAAUUCCCAAUAAUUCCUGUUGCAAUAUGCCCAAGUAAUGCAUUCUUGAGAGUUUGAAAUAUUUAUGAUUAUGGCAAAUGUUGGAAGGGGAUAAGUUUAUUCCGGAAUGUUCUGAAUUAUGCCCGUUCAUCAUGAAGAUAAGUAAGUUUUAGAACCAUCUUUCCUCCGUGGAUGUGAUCGACGAUGGAUUGAGAUUGGCUACAUCUCGUCCUCAUGACUCCAGUCAUGGAGGCGAGAUGUGGUAGCGUGCAGAUCCCAGAGCUAUGUAGAACAUCACAGACUUUGUUCCAGUUUUGGUUCACUGAUGAUCUGUUUCUCGCAGUUGAAGAUGCAAUAAACUUUGUGAAUAGUGUGUUGUGAUUAAAAUAUUGCAUGAUGUAUGAAUCUGAGAAGUGAUGUAGACUUUGUUGCUAUUUGUGAAAUUUUCAGUAGUAUUUCGGAAUCGAUUUACGAUGAUGGGUUUUGAAAUUUUGAUGAAUACAGGUUCAAUUGGAUCCUUGGAAGAAAGUUAUUCCAUAUUUAUCCUGCGCUGAAAAUAAUCAACAUGAAAGUUUAUGGGAGGGGAGUUUUGUUUCAAUGAACUUUGGAAAAUGAUUUCUCGAAGUGAUAUUAUUGCCCUUAUGUUGGUGUGUGUUUAAAUGCUAAUUCCUUGAUUUUAGUGUUUCAGGUCAGGUUUGGUUUUUUUAAACCAUUUAUUGGUGGUUGAUCAACUUGAAGUUUCCAAAUUUUCCGUAAUAGCAUCUGAGUUUUCCAGUGUUGGACAUUUCUCUUGCUUCCUGCUGUUCACAUACUCGUCCAGCUGGUCCGCACAAGUUCUACUGAGGAGAUGCCUCUCUCUUAGUGUUUGUGCUGCUAGAUUCAUUUGUGACUUGGAUAAAAACUUUAUCAAGAGGAAAGCUUUCAACGUUAUUUGGUUUUUGAACAACAAACUGUCCAAAUGGUUUUCUCUCUCAUACAGGUGAAGAAGACCUAUCGACAUGCAUUAAAAUUUUCUUUUUCAGAAGCUGAGAGGUCGCACUAGAUGCCAGUGUGGAAUGGUUUGUUACUGCAUACUGCUGUUCUUCAAAAUCUGUAGAUUUUUAAAAUUAUGUAAUGAAUCUGUGAUACUUGAGUGUCGUCAUGGCAACAGGUGGCUGUUGCAAUAGCACAAUGUCAUAAAUGAAUGUAUGUGAUUGAAUGUUCGAAAAGAAAAGAACAUUAAUAAUGCACAAUAAAAGAGAAUUUUUA